AUGGGAUCAGCUUUUACUCUAACUUUGCCCAAUAUCUUUAUGUGGAAAUGGGAAAAGCCGUUUGUCCUUUAUCAAACAAGUUCAAAUGAAAUCUGUAGCCGAUACAUUGAUGACAUCAUCUGUACGUCGAACGAAUCUUUCGAUAAAAUCAAUCGAAUGUUAUAUGAAGCCCAUUUAUUUCAUCACAAUAUCAAAUUAGUGCGCCAAAUCUGUUCAAGCGUAUCAUUUCUCGAUGUUCAGAUCGAAAAUAAAAAUGGCAAAUUGCUAACAUCAGUUCAUCAGAAAGAAUCAGCUGAACCGUAUGUGAUACCAUUUACACCCGAUCAUCUAAAGCACAUAUUCACGAAUGUCAUCAAUACGGUACUUUUACGAGCCAUUCGAUAUUCUUCAACAUUUGAAAGUGAACAACGCUCCAUCAAACUAAUCUAUCUAAAUGGGAUACUAAUAUCAUUGUCUGUUACACAUAUGAAAAUCGAUUAG